CUAUUUCCAUGAAACAAAAACUUGCAACCUGACUCCAUUUUGUGGCCAUGGCUGCUUCACUCACUUGCCUCCGCUCAACUCACCCUCUCCUCCUUCUUCGUCGCCGUUCUUCAUUUCCCGCCACUCCAAGCCUCCGCUUCAACCGUUCAUCCUCCGCCGCGAAGGCCGGUUCCUCAACCGCACAGCCUGAACUCGCUUCUCCUGGUGAUCUUGAAUUUGUGACGCCCCUGAAAGUUGUGGAAUAUCCAGACCCAAGAUUGAGAGCCAAGAAUAAGCGCAUAGCUACGUUUGAUGAUAAUCUGAAGAAGCUUGUCGACGAAAUGUUUGACGUAAUGUACAAUACUGAUGGCAUUGGUCUCUCAGCACCCCAAGUAGGAAUUAACGUACAACUUAUGGUGUUCAACCCAGUAGGUGAACGUGGUGAAGGAGAAGAAAUUGUUCUUAUCAACCCAAGAGUAAGCAAAUACUCAAAGAAACUGACACUCUUUAAUGAGGGGUGCCUAUCUUUCCCAGGAAUUUAUGCUGAUGUAAUGCGACCAGAAUCUGUGAAGAUUGAUGCACGUGAUGUCAAUGGAACAAGGUUUUCAUUCAAUUUAUCUGACCUUCCAGCACGAGUAUUCCAGCAUGAGUUUGACCAUCUAGAGGGUAUUCUCUUCUUUGAUAGAAUGACUGACGGAGUUCUUGAUAGUAUUCGUGAACAGUUACAGGCCCUAGAAAUGAAGUAUGAGAGACAAACUGGAUUCCCAAGCCCUGAAAAGAUAGAAAAUCACAGGAGGAGAAAGGUUGCUGUUGGCUUUGGGAAAUCAUGAUCUUCAAGGUCAAUAUUAGGCUUAAUACUGAGCUCAUCACAUACCAGAGUUUCUAGUUUGAAGUUUUUCAUGGAAGGAAAAGCUCUUGAAGGUGGAGUCAUGUGCCAAACUUCAAAAACUUUAAAAGUUGAAUAGACUAAGUCGCAUGACCCAAACUUCAGGUGAGAGGGGAGUAAUGUGCUUUUUUCUCUACUAUUAAUGUUUUUUUUUAACCGGGUCUCUACUAUCAAUGUUGAACAUUGUUAGUCUGAAAAAAAUCAUGUAGAAUUAAAUUUAUAAAAAGCUGUAAAGUAACAUGUUUAGAAGUACAUAUCAAAUUGAUAUACUAUUUCCGAUUUUCGGAGGGAGUAUCUAGUGUUAGGGAGGGUUUUAUGUGAGUGAGAGGAGCAAUAUCUCUUAGAUCAGAAUUAAUGAUUGAGAUUAAACUUUUUUUUCUUAA